UCGGACUCGGCCACCAUGGUCAGGCUACGCAGUGAUCUGUGGAGGUUCGAAUCAAUCUCUAAACACAUCAACAUGGUACCCCUGCGCCUCUGUCUGUGUAUUUUGCUAUUCUCCUGGGUUCUUCUGGAAGCUGCCCAGGCAGCAGGCAUCGGCGAGUUGCCCACGUACCAAGGUCUGUGCCAGCAGCAGGGAGAUAUGUGUGGCGUUCAAUGCCGCGUAGCUGGCGGAGCGGAUGGACUUUGCAACAAAGUGGGUCUCUGCAUCUGCCGACCCUUGUAGAGUUAGUUAGUGGCGACAAAUUGGAAUAAAAUACCAAAUCGGAUA